ACUGCAGUAGCUCAAGCAGCUGGAGGGGACCAUGGCCAACACUGAGCGCACAUUCAUUGCCAUCAAGCCCGAUGGGGUCCAGCGCCAGCUCGUGGGAGAGAUCAUCAAGCGUUUUGAACAGAAGGGAUUCCGCCUUGUUGCUAUGAAAUUCAUGCAGGCUUCUCAAGACCUUCUCAAGGAACACUAUAUUGACCUGAAGGACCGUCCGUUCUUUGCCGGCCUGGUGAAAUACAUGCACUCAGGACCAGUGGUUGCCAUGGUGUGGGAGGGGCUGAAUGUUGUGAAGACAGGCCGAGUGAUGCUUGGGGAGACCAAUCCAGCGGACUCUAAACCUGGGACCAUCCGAGGGGACUUUUGCAUCCAAGUUGGCAGGAACAUUAUCCAUGGCAGUGAUUCCGUGGAGAGUGCGGAGAAGGAGAUUGGCUUGUGGUUUCAGCCUGAAGAGCUGGUAGAUUACAAGAGCUACGCUCAGAACUGGAUCUACGAGUGAUGUGAAGGCAGCCUACACUCCAUUUUUCUCUCCCUCCCACGGCAGGGGACCAGGCUGUACAAAUCUAGUUAUUUCUGAGAACCUCCUUAUAACCUGGAGGGACACUCUUGGAGGUGUGAGUGCUCCCUGAACAGUGUUAUGUUAUACCACCAGAUUAAAAUGUUUCAUCCCAACUAGGA